AUGUCAUGGCAAUUAAUAAUAUUGGUUCAUGCUAGAACUUAUGUUAUAAUUGAUGAUCGAUUAGAAAACUGUGCUCCACCUGGAAAAGACUUACAUCUUUAUGACUACUCAAAUUUUCACAUGAUUCCUGAAAACGACACUCACACAUUUGUCAAUGGUUCCAUAAAAGUAAUGAAGGAAAUCACAAGUCCAUGGUUCAUUCAUGCUCAUACUGAACAUUAUGAACGAGGAAAAUGGUUGUUGCAGGCUUACACAAAAGAUUAUAAAGACUUUUGUACAGAAAUGCAUAAUCCAACAUCACCAUCGUAUUAUGUUACAAAAGAUUAUUCAGCAUGUCCGAUUCCAGUUGGUUAUGAAUUUAAAUUCGAUAUGGUUCCAAUUGAGUUUUCACCAGCAGUCUUAGCAGCAAUUCCUAGUCAUUACAUGGGACAAUGGCGUUUAUUUAUUGAUGGAAUGUUUGAUGUUGAUGGAAUUGACAUGCACGAAUGCAAAAUUGGAUUCGCAGAUGUUUUUGUUGAAACAGGACCAAAGUUAUAA